GCCUAAAGAUGCAGUUAAAGCUCUAAAGAAAAAGCUUUCAAAAAACUGUAACCAUAAGGAGAUCAGGCUUACCCUGUCUCUGCUUGAGAUGUGUGUAGAAAACUGUGGCCCAAGAUUCCAGUCUUUAGUUGUGAAGAAAGAUUUCUGUAAAGACAAGCUGGUGAAACUACUCAAUCCAAGAUACAAUCUGCCAAUUGACAUGCAGGAGAAAAUUUUGACCUUUAUCAUGCUGUGGGCCAGAGGUUUCCAAGGAAUGGUGGAUGUGAGUGAAGUAAAAGAAGUUUACCUAGAAUUGCUGAAGAAAGGAGUGGAGUUUCCAUCUUUGGACACCAGCAGAGUGGGACCUAAGAUGUCAUCUCAGCCUUCUGUGAAGUCAUCACCAUCUUCUGCUAAUCCUGCAAAACGUUCUUUGCUGCCUCUUCCCACAGGCCCAACGUUAUUGUUGACUCCUGAGCAGAUUGGGAAGCUGUACAGUGAGCUGGAUAUGGCCAAAAUGAAUGUGAGAGUCAUGUCAUCAAUAUUAAAAGAGAACGUGCCUGGCUCUGAAAAUCCAGAUGAUAUGAAUCUUCUGCAGAAACUGUAUAAAACCUGUCGGAUGAUGCAAGAGCGGAUCAUGGAAUUGUUGGUGACAGUGGAGAAUGAAGAUGUGAUAGUUGAGUUAAUACAAGUAAAUGAUGAUCUGAAUAAUGUCCUCUUAGGACACGAAAGGUUCUCCCGAAACAGAGUUCGGUUUUUGGAGAAUCAGAGAAUACAGCGUGAACGCACAGAGCUGUACAGGAAGCAGCCCUCUGCUCCCUCGAGUGAUCUGCUGGACCUCUCCCUCGAUUCUCCUUCGCCCGUCUCUACAGUGACACCAAGUGACUCUGCAGUGCCUCCUUCGGGCCUUAAUCGCCUAUCUGCACACCCUGAAGAUAAAACCAGGCAUCAUCCAUCAAUUUAUCCACAGCUAGAUUUAGCAGCUACUCCAAAAGCUCAGCAAUUGCCGUCUGCAGCUGAAGCUCAGAACAAUUGUGUAAGCAGCCCAGCUGGACAUUCAUAUAGCAACGUGAGUAACCUGGCGACUCUUUUAAGCCCAGUGCCUCUGAAUCCAGUAAAUCUGCAGACUGGACAUACUACAUCAUUAAAUGGAGCAUCACCAGCAGCUGAAUCAAAGAACAAGUUACAGUCACCUCAUUACUACGAGAUAAUGGAAUUUGAUCCCUUGGCUCCCACUGAAGCUGUUUAUGAAGAUAUUGAUGUUGUGCUGAAGACAGAAGUUAAAAAGAACACAGAAUGCUGA